UUCGAAAGACGAUUCAAACCUAGAGAUGCAGUCGAGAAGAGUCAAAAAGGGAAAAUCUCCCAUUCAAAAGCCGCUGUGCAGACUGUGCGAGUGUCCGACGUCGGACGGCCACGUCCUCGCGUCGCAGGUGGACAGGUUCAAGCUGAGGAAAUGGGCCAUGAAGGUCUUGAACCUGACGGAAGAAGACGAAAACUUGCCGGACGUGGUCGAAGAAGACUCUUUGAUCUGCUAUUUUUGCAUGUGGCAUGCCGAGUUUGGGGAUGAGUCUGGUGACGAGGCUGUUGCUUGGUGGCCAAAAAAUCUUGAUUUGGAGGAAAACGCUAGGGUGCUGCGGGAGAAUUACUCAGUUGGAGAUGCAGAGCAGUGUUGGGUUCAGUUGGAAGAGAUUGAUUUCGCCAAAUACGAAAAGAAAAUCCCUAAAAAAAGGAAAUUGGUCAGUGGAGUGUGUUUUUACUGCGGCAACAGUUACAACCAACUGAUGGAACACGUCAAACUGAUGCACAAAGAAGCCAUCAAAUGCGGAAUCUGGGGCUGCGCCACAUUUUUUCACACCGAGGAGGAAAAAGAGCAGCACAUGCAGCAGGUUUCACACGAGAAACGAAGAAAACCAUGCGAACGCAAGGAAAUUCGUUGCAAAUUUUGUGACGACGUUCAUUUAUUUGCCUCAUGGAAAACGUGGAGGUGCCACAUGAGUCAAGCACAUCCGGAAUUUUCGGUGGCGUGCAGCCAUCACGGCUGCAAGGAGAUCUUCAAAUCCAAGUCGGAAUUGAUUCUCCAUGUCAACUCGUGGCACAAACGGCACGAACAAGGCUUAAAUCAAGAUGUUUACCAAUGCAAGCAUUGCGAGUUUUCCACCACGAUUAAGUACAGGUUGAGACAACACGUAGAGGCGAAGCACAUGCCAAAGAUCUUCAAAUGCGACAGUUGCGACGCCAAAUUCGGCUCAAUAUUACUAGUGAAACUGCACUCUAACAGAUAUCACAAGUUCGAGAAGUGCAAAACUUGCAGCCAGGACGUUUUUCACAGACAGAAGGCGUUCCACAGAAAGGCAUCGAAUGUGCUCAGGAGAUACGACAUCAUAACAUGUUUCAACACCGGCGCGGCAAGACUUGUCGCUGCUGCAAGAGCAAACUGA